CCCCGGAUGUGGGCGGAACCUUGAGGUGCGGAGGGCCUCAGCUGCGGCUGUUUGGAGAGGCGGAACUAUGUCUUCUCCUUAAUUAUCAUGUGAGGGCCUAAGAAUUUAAUGGGGGGAAAAGUGUGGAAGAGGAUUAGGAUCCAAACUGGCGGAUUUCCCGACCUUCGCUGCCCUCUCGGCUCUCCGGCCAGCCGCUCUACCAGGGUGUGUCUCCCUUAUUUCAUCCCCGAAACAGCCUCUUUAAACUGUUUAAAUGAGAAUGUCCUUGGCUCAGAGAGUACUCCUCACCUGGCUUUUCACAUUACUCUUCCUCAUCAUGUUGGUGUUGAAACUGGAUGAGAAGGCACCGUGGAAUUGGUUCCUCAUAUUUAUUCCAGUCUGGAUAUUUGACACUAUCCUUCUUGUCAUGCUGAUUGUGAAAAUGGCCGGACGGUGUAAGUCUGGCUUUGACCCUCGACAUGGAUCGCACAAUAUUAAAAAAAAAGCCUGGUACCUCAUUGCAAUGUUACUUAAGUUAGCCUUCUGCCUUGCACUGUGUGCUAAACUGGAACAGUUUACUACCAUGAAUCUUUCCUAUGUCUUCAUUCCUUUAUGGGCCUUACUGGCUGGCGCUCUAACAGAACUUGGAUAUAAUGUCUUUUUUGUGAGAGACUGACCUCCGAGUACAUCGUCUCAUUUCUGUUGCUGUUCAACAAGCUAUACAGUAUUCCAAAUGUUUGCAAGUUUAAAGGAUAACAGAACUAAGGGAAAAUAUCAAGUGUAGUCUUAAACUACUAUGAAACAGGAUUGGUGUGGCACGAACUUGUAGCCAAUCCAAAGCUAAAUUAUUCAAAAUCUAAGUUGAUAUCUUUAUCCCUGUGUAAAUAAAGCUUGUUUCUGACCUCA